AAGGAACUUUGAGAUACUUUAGAUACAUUAGAUACAUUAGUUACUCCAUAGCAAUUGUUAUAAUGAUUCUGACCUGUCUUGAAAUGCAUAGGCUACCUCAUUGCAAACUACUGCAUUGGAUUCUGCGCUUCUCUCUUUUCACGACCCGAUUGGCUGUUGCCUAGAUACUAGGCCUACAUUUUUAGUAAACACAUCGAGGGUAUCAGGGACGAAGAUAAGCGUAAUUUUAUAAAGGAGACAAAUGCCGAAGCCACAAAAGGAAACGAUCAGCAUACCUCCACCUGGGCGAUGGAACUGGAAUGAUGAAACCCAAGCCCUUGAGUUUACCAGUUUUAAUACAUCUGUGGAGGUCAAAGAAAAGAGAAAAAAUAGUAAACCUGUCAAUUUUCAAGAUCUUGCCAUCAAGCAUCCAGAGAGGCAAACGCAGUCAUCGGUCAAGAGGGGGGGACAAAGCAGCAGGAAGACUGUGGGUCCUGCUCAACUCAAUGCCUACAAGUCCUCAUUAAAACGGGGUCAGAGGGACUAUGUGACCAUUGAGGAUGUGAAACAGGUGGCACUCAGUUUGCUGCAGGAGAACGAUGCACUCCCCAUUCCACUUUGCUUCCUGUCUGUGUUGAAGAGCAGAGAGCUGGAUGAGUUCCUGGCUGCCCUCCUGCUCUACCUGUCCUGUUACUUUGAGAGGAAGUAUCUGGAGAAGAAGCCCAAGCCCCUCAUGGCUGAGCAGAGUAUCACAGAGAAGCAGGUGAUGGCGGAGACCCUUGCUAAAGUGGAGCUGGCCCAGAAGCAGCUGGCCUUCUGCUACUCCAGCCUGGUCCUGGGCCUGGGCUUGUCCCAGCAGCACCACAUGGCCUGUGGCAGGAGCCGUGUGUCAUUGACCUACAAAGACAGGCAAUUGUAUGAGUGUCUGUACAGCUUCUUCUGCUACGUGGCGUGGGUGACGUUCAGUAGGAAGGACCUGAAGGGCAUCCAGGAGGAGGUGGGGCGCCUGCUGCGUUCGGACACCUUCAACCCCUCCCUCAGGACCAGGGUAGAGGCCACAGAGGACACCCUGGCCCAGGACUCCUCCACCAAAGAGGGACAGACUGAGCCCAAAGAGCACACACAGAGCCACAACGCCUCAGAGCAAAGGAAGUCCCAGCGUCGUCCGGCACUGAGUAAGAUUGUGACCCAGCGCUCCCCGGUCAUGGUGUCCCUGCUGCCAUAUCCGCGGGAGGAGGCUCCUCAGCUGUUCCGCCGCUACAGACCCAGGAAGCAUAGCCAGGCCAAGCUGUGUAACCCAGAGACCCUGAUGGAGGAGCUCAAAGAGCAGCUGGCCUCUGUCAGCUUUGGGAUUCUGGGGAAGCCUCUGAGCCAGUUCAGCUGCACCACCCUUAUGCCCCAGGGAGCCAACAACGAAGACGAGGAGGAGGAAGAUGAUGACGAUGAUGAUGAAGACCUUGGCAUCCAUGUUCGAAGCAGUAUGAACACCUUCUUGGCUCAGAGACCUGGCGCAUCAGCACUGGACCAACGCGGCAGCCUCAGCCGCACCAAUACAGUCACCUCACGGGCCACCACAGAGGGAGUGUCCUCAGACACAGAGUGAGAGUAUGUCUGCCAGGCUUCCCCCAAAAUUUGACCAAUAAGAAAACAAAAACAUAUAAAAUAAUUGAUCUUUA